CUUUGCGAAAAUCAUAUCGUCGUUGGACUCCUUGAAUCUCUCGGAGGGAGAAGCCAAACGUGUCGCCGAACAACUUAACGAGGGAUUUGAAAGCCUAAGCGACAAGGUCGAAACCUUGAUAAGGGGUUUUCCAACCGCGCAAGAUUUCCAGGACCUUGUUAGAGUUGGUAAUUUUGAGCGGAACAAAAUAUACAAUGAUCUUACUCAAUUGCGGCAGGACCUCGUGACUGUUAUCUGUUUGAAAGCAGAUUCUCAGUCUGUCAAGGAAAUAGAAGAAAAUAUCAACUUUAUUAUCAAUCAUAUUGACGAAACAUUGCUUAAUUUUGAUAAGCGAAUUGGGUCCCUCGAGUCGGAAAGGCACGUCUACAGCUCGGAAUAUCAUGCACAGGAGGUAUCCAGGCUCGAAAAUGAUCUCAACAGCUUCCAUGCGGAAAUGGAAGCACGAUUGGCCCAGUUUCAGUCGAAGGAGUCGGCACAUGAUCUAGCAGCCAAUCUCUCUAAGCUUUGUGACGAGGUUGUCAAGCUACAGAAACGUAUGGAGGUGAAACUGAAGGAUACCGUAGGAACGGAGUCCAUGGAUCAGGUCCCCACGCAGAUUGCGCUUCUCAAAGAAGAAAUGGAAAAGAAGCUGGCCGAAUGCAAUACCUCUCUCGAAUCUCUCCGGGAUGACUUGCAUGCCAAGGCUGCAGAUAUUGAAUUCGCCAAGUCAGAGAUUGAGAAACUCAAUGCCACCGGAAUGACCAGGACUGCGGCUCUGGGCUCUCAUAGUAUCCAAGAAGAGGAGUUCAAGGAACUCCGAGUCAAGCUGGAUGCCACCCAAAACAAGAUUGAGAAUUUGCAGCAUGGGCAGACCGUCCUGGAACGGAGGGUCAAUCCCAUUAUCGAAGGGUUCUCCAGGAACGGUGUUAGGCUUAGCAAGUUGGAAGAGAAAUUCGAACAAGAGCAGAGGGCUCUUCGUGGCGUCGCUAAAGAUGUUGACCAAAUGCUGAAAUUGAAAAAGUCUGAUGCUCCUCCUAUGUCUGCCGCUACAGAGUCACCGAAGGCAGAACCUGAGAAACCAGCAAAGACGUCAGAAGAAAAGGAAGAACCUGGUAAGAAGGAGUCUGCAAAGAAUGAACCGCCACAUCCUUCGCCUUCUUCCGCCAAGGAGACUCCUGAGACAAAAGGACCCGGACUCAGUGCUAGCCGAUGGGCGACAGACAAGCCAACUUGGCCGCAAUUGACAGAUGACGAGAUCCUUGAGCUCUCUCGUAGUCUAUCCUCAAACAAACGUGAAAGAAAGAAAUAGUGGGCUACUGGCUACUCGAUGAGAAAAGGGUCAUCCACUGUGACCUUUUAGCAUGUUAAGCCUGUUUCCUCCUGUUAUACCGUUGCUUGUUACUUGAUUUCUCUGAUAUGUUGGGUUGUUAGUCAUGUUGUUCUCAAGGAGUCGGCUGGAUGAUAUCUGUUCUCGACAUUGAAAUUUCGGGGCAUUUCCGUA